UGCAGAAUCUUCAGCUGCCCAGGGAGCCCUACAUCAUGGAAGGACUCUGCCAGUUGAAGGAGUUGCGACUUAAGCUAGUAUCUCUGAACGCAAUCUUUCCGGACGAUCUUGAGUUGUGGACCAGGUUUUGCCGGAUGCAGCCGCACGUGGAGAUUCUGACGAUUACGACGAACGAUGCAGAGAUUCUUGCCGAAACAGGCCGAUUGCUGCCCAAGCUGAGGCAACUGGCGCUGAUCGUGCCCGGUCCAAUGGAAGUGUCCUUCCUGGGAACCAUGCCGCACUUGAAAUACCUCGAAAUUUCUGGAAUUCUUCAUUUCUCCUUCGACCAAGUAUCGUUCCUGAACCACAGCUGCCCAAACCUAGAGCAGUUCGCUCUUAAGAAUGCGGCAACGGACGAUCUGUUCCAGUUCCUGCGACGAUCCCCAAAACUGACCCGAAUGAACCUGACCGAUUGCGAUCUGGAGUGUUUCGAAGCGGUGCCGGGAAAUUUCCCCAGCCUGAACAUUCUGAUUUUGGACAGCGUUGACUACCCAAACUAUCUGAUGGACACGUUUCUCUGUCGCUGUCCCAACUUGGAGGAGCUGCACCUGUUCGGCCUCCGAUAUCUGGACGACGACGUGGUUCGCAACUUUUGCAGCAAGCUGAAGCGGCUGAAGAAGCUGAGCCUGACAUCGAACCGUUGCGUCACGGAUGAAUCCGCCCGGUACAUCAUGAAACACUGCAGCGUGCUGGAAGAGCUGUCCGCGGACUUUUCGGACGCGGUGCUCAAUCGGAUUGAAACCAGCCGCCGGAACAUUCGCGUCAAGCGGCGCGAAUGAAUUUAAGC